CUUUAGACAAGCAUGAGUGACAAUACCUAUUUCAAACAUAUUUAAAAUUCAGUCAUUUAAUAAGAUAUGAGGGAAAUAUUGUGUUUUCUGCUUUUUCUUUCAUUAUUUUCCCAAUUCUACGCACUUGGGAUUUACUUACGAGACGGAGGAAACAAUGUCAAGAAAGAUUCAUGGUAUGAAAAGAGAAAAACAACGCGGAAAUGUAGUUUUUGGAAAUGGGGUCGUUGUACAAAAUAUGUGUCAGAAUACAUGUACAGUUUAAGAUGUGAAACAGGUUGGGCCCAGCAGUACUUUUUUUCAUCAGAUUGUGAUUUUGCAAUUUGUGACGGAAGAACGGAUCUUAAUGAUGCUUGUGAUAUUAAAUAUUCUUCUGACUAUCAGAUAACAAAACUAGGAAAUGUCUAUCACAGUGGAGGAAGUUGUUCAUCUCCAAAUGUUUGUACUGACUGCACUCAGGGAUUCUAUGCCGAUGGUCCAUAUUGUCGCUUAUGUGGGACCAUUGAUCAUUGUAACUACAGAAGAUGUACCACCUCUAGCAAUCAGGUCUGUGAAUGGUGUGAUGGGGAAAUACAACCAAACGCAUAUUGGAGAGCUUACACGAGACAUCUUGAUAAUACAAAAUGUCAAAGUAAGUAG